UCAGAAGGGAGAAAAGUUGUUAGAGUACAUUACCUGCUGGCCUCUGUAACAGCUUCCUAGCUCAUCCCCAUAGUCCUAUUUCCUCCUUAGAUCCAUACUACACAAUGACACUAGAUUAAGAUUCUGGGUUAUUACAUUACUAUUUAUUUUCCCUGUUCAAAAUCUCAUUUCAUAAAGGAAUAAGGCCAAAUCCCCUGGACAUUCCAGGUUCACACAGUAGGACCAUAUUAACAUUUUCAUCUUAUCUCCAACUAGACACUCCUCUCCACCCCCCAAAUAUGAACAAUCAGCCAGAUGUACAUUUUUAUCUAAACCAAACUUGGCACUUCAACUUUCACACAUUCCUUCUCACUGGAAUUACUAAGUUCUACUCAUCCAUUUCUGCUAAAGCCUCUGUCAUUUCCACCUCUAAUUAUCUUCACUACUUACAUAUUUAACGUAUUUUUAUGUAUAGAUCUAUAAUUAUAUAUUUUGCAUGUAAAUUAUGCAUACUUUUGCAUACAUGAAUCUUAGAUAUCUGAGUUAAAAACAUGUUAAUCUCUUUAUAUCUUCAGAUUGGUAGAAUGCUAGUAGCUACAACCCACAGUAAUUAUGAAUUUUUUUUAAUGAUUUUAUUUAUUCACGAGAAACACAGAGAGAGGCAGAGACACAGACAGAUGAAGAAGUUGGCUCCUUGCGGGGAGCCAGGUGUCUCAUUAUGAAAAUUUCUUUUUUAAAGAUUUUUAUUUAUUCAUGAGAGACACAGAGAGGCAGGCAGAGACACAGGCAGAGGGAGAAGCAGGUGCCCAAUGUGGGGCCCAAUCCCAGGUCUCCAGGAUCACACCCUGGGCCGAAGGUGCCGCUAAACUGCUGAGCCACCCAGGGCUGUCCUGAAAUGUGUUUUUUAAUAAACUUUUGCUAAUUUAUUUGAAAGAGCUUUCAGGCAUAAUUUUAAAAAUUUAUUUUAAGAAUUCUGUAUCAGCUCAUAUGGUUCCUCAAUUUAUAAUAUAAGAACCAUAAUAAAACGAUUAAUCCCAUAAUAUUUGCUGUCAGAGGCUAAGAAUAGGCACCUAUCAAAGCCAAAAGCUAGAACUACGAAAAGUACAUUCCUCUAAGAAUCAGGAUACAAACUUUCUUCUCAAUUUGCCACUAAGUAGCUAUUUAACCUUGGACAUAUUUAACUUGUAAAGACCACAGCUACUUCAUCUAUGAGAGGAGUCUGGAUUAAAUGAUCUUUAAUAUUUCUAUUAUCUAUAAAAACAAAGUAUUUUACAAACAUUGAGGUCAAAAGACUUUUUAAAACUGAUGUUCAGGGGUGGCUCAGUGGUUUGGCGCCACCUUCGGUCCAGGGCCUGAUCCUGGAGACCCGGGAUAGAGUCCCACGUUGGGCUCCCUGCAUGGAGCCUGCUUCUCCUUCUGCCUGUGUCUCUGCCUCUCUCUCUGUGUCUCUCAUGAAUAAAUAAAUAAAAUCUUAAAUAAAUAAAACUGAUAUUAAGAAAGUAGUAGUAAAAGCAAAAUUGACAAUUUAUAGUUCUAAUUCUUAACAAGGACUCUAUAGUAAAGUAACCUAACAAACUGGAUACUUCCAUUAACUAGCAUUUAGUGUACUAGGUUUAGAAUAUGAGGAUAAAUCACAAGACAUUAAAGUGUCAGCAAAUAUCUUUUUUUUAAUAAAGAUUUUAUUUAUUUAUUCAUAAAGAUAGAGAAAAAGAGAGAGGUAGAGACACAGGCAGAGAGAGAAACAGGCUCCAUUCCGGGAGCCCAAUGUGGGACUUGAUCCCGGGACUCCAAGAUCACGCACUCAGCCAAAGGCAGGCACUAAACCGCUGAGCCACCCAGGUGUCCCAUUCAGCAAAUAUCUUCUAUGGUAAGUAUGGCAAAAUAUGGCCUACUACUCAUCUAUUUUUAUAAAGUUUUACUGAACACAGCCGUUUCCUGUUCUCUAACAGCUGCUUUAGCCCCACAGCAGAUGUGAGUAGCUGCAACAAAGACAAUGGGCCCACAAAGCCCAAAAUAAAUUACUAUCUGGCCCUUUACAGGAAAGGUUUGCUGACACUGUUCUAGGGUGCUAUGGAGAAGGCAGAUUAAAAGCUAUUUUUUUAAAGUUGUGGCUAAUGUUCGAAAAAGAAUGACCCACCCAAAAACUUUUAAAAUACUGCACAUGUAAAAAGCAUCAGACAGGCUAGAUCUGGAAAGAUUAAUUUUGAAGUCAGAAGUCCCUGGUUUUGCCUGAAUUCCAACUAUGACAAUUAUUAGGUAUGGGAUCUUAAACAAGUUAUUUCAAACCCGCAAGCUGAUCUUUCCCAUCUAUAAAUGGAAUUUGAGGCUGCUGAGAUAAUAUCAUGUAAACUGCCUAGUACAGAGCCUAGAAUAGAGCCUAGUAGCUUCAAUUUACUAAACCCAAAAGAAAGAUGGAAGGCAAACGCAUGUUCCUUUAACCCCUUCACAAAUUGGUGAACACCAUCACCAAAUGAGGACUACAACAUUCUCAUAUCAGAUAAGCUAAGAUGAAGGGAAAAAAAAUCUUGCCUUACCAAAAGCUUUCACAACUAGAAACUCAGCCUGAAAAACCAUUGAUUUUUAGUAGACAAGUUUUAUUUUUUAAGAUUUAUUUAUUUAUUUAUUCAUAAUAGACACACACAGAGAAAGAGAGAGAGAGAGGCAGAGACACAGGAGGAGGGAGAAGCAGGCUCCAUGCCAGGAGCCCAAUGCGGGACUCGAUCCUGAGACUCCAGGAUCGUGCCCUGGGCCAAAGGCAGGCACUAAACCACUGAGCCACCCAGGGAUCCCCAGUAGACAAGUUUUAGAAGACAGGAAAGACUAGGACUAACAAAAAGAAAAUUAUCCUCUGUUGCUUUGGUAACAAGGCAGUGUCCCAGGUAGAAAGCAAAAACAAGGACUUUAAAUGUCAUUUAACUAGAAUUCUGAGACUUUAACAAAGACUAAGUUUAAAGAGCAUAGGAAUUCUAUUUAAAUCAUCUGUUAAGGCUUCCUCUCCCUGAGACGCUUGAGGUGACCUCCGGAGAUGGUUCGCUACUCACUGGACCCAGAAAACCCUUCAAAAUCAUGCACGUUGAGAGGUUCAAAUCUUCGUGUUCAUUUUAAGAACAUACAUGAAACUGCCCAGGCCAUCAAGGGUAUGCAUAUCCAAAAAGCCACCAAGUAUCUGAAAGAUGUCACUUUGCAGAAGCAGUGUGUGCCAUUCCGUCACUACAAUGGUGGAGUCGGUAAGUGUGCGCAGGCCAAACAGUGGGGCUGGACACAGGGUCGGUGGCCCAAGAAGAGUGCUGAACUUUUACUGCACAUGCUUAAAAAUGCAGAGAGUAACACUGAACUUAAGGGUUUAGAUGUAGAUUCUCUGGUCAUUGAGCACAUCCAGGUGAACAAAGCCCCCAUGAUGCAAUGCAGAACCUACAGGGCUCAUGGCCAGAUUAACCCAUACAUGAGCUCUCCCUGCCACAUUGAGAUGAUUCUUACUGAAAAAGAGCAGAUUGUUCCUAAACCAGAAGAGGAAGUUGCACAGAAGAAAAAGAUAUCCCAGAAGAAACUGAAGAAACAAAAACUUAUGGCCCAGGAGUAAAUUCUGCAUAGAAUAAAUGCAAAUAAAAAUUUUAAAAUAAUAAAUAAAUAAAUAGAUAGAUAGAUAGAUAGAUAGUAAGGAGUAUAAUUAUCCAAACAUGAAGCUUGUGUCCAUGUCAAGUUUUCUUUAAUUGGAUUUAAUUUUCAGAUCACAUGCAUAUGCUCUCAAGAACCUGUGUUUUCCCCCACAGCGUUUACUCCAGUUCUUAAUUACCUGUUUAAUUGUUGAUGACACAUCUCCCCAUGAGGGCAGGGACCAUAUCUACCCUGACUACCACUCCACCCCACUGCUAGACAGAACCUGGCACAGAAAACACUUACAGACCCACUGACUGAAGAAAUUGCUCUCAAGGCCAUCUAGUGGCCACAGAAGUAACAGCUCUAUGAAAUUCUAACUACAGGGCACAUCUGUAUCCUUAGAAUCACUGAGUUGGAAGACAAAAAGAAAAAUGUAAACAAUGUUAAGAAGUAACAUUACAGAAAAACUAAGAAUGAGGUUACUAGCACGCAACUGAUUCACUCCCUACACCUUCCAAGAGAUAUAAAACGAUCACUAAUACCCAGAAUAAUGAUCACAAGGUACCGGCAUAUCACAUGUUCCAUUUUUAGUAUUUUAAAGACAAAUAUGGGGAACCUCAGGUGGCUUGGUGGUUUGGCACCGCCUUCAGCCCAGGGCCUGAUCCUGGAGACCCGGGAUGGAGUCCCACGUCGGGCUCCCUGUGUGGAGCCUGCUUCUCUGUGUCUGCCUCUCUCUCUCUCUCUGUGUCUCUCAUGAAUAAAUAAAUAAAGUCUUUAAAAUAAAUAAAUAAAUAAAGACAAAUACUUAAUGACCAGAAAGAGAAUAUUCCAUUUGUCAGGCAUUCUUGUUAGCAAAAACUUUUUUUUUAACCAAACUGUUUUCAAUGACAUCUCUUAAGAACUUCUAACGCUUUGGGAUAUCAUAUUAAUAAUCAAAAAGUACUAAAGUACGUCCAUGCAAAAACAUACCUAUAUUCCACAGCCUUAGUAACAGACUUUUCCUGAUAUCUAAGCCUAGGUACGACAAAUGUGUAGUUUAGACUAUGCUGACUGAUUUGCUGGUAGCUAAUAAAAAGAUACUGUUACUCUCAAUAUUCAAAACAAACCUGCCUUAGAGUUCUAAGAUAUUUAACUGAACCAAAUUUGCUUUUUCCCUUAUUUUUUAAAAAGUAAAACUAUAAAUCCUCAGACCACUCUAUACUCCAAUUUAUUUGAAUUGAGUUUACUAUUGGUACAGGGGCCCACAAAGAUUCUCCAAUAUGUAGGAUGAUACUAACAACUAUUAGUAUCGGUACAAAUUUUAUUCACACACCCCGCAAUUGCAUUAUCUCCACCCUUCUCUCAAACCUGGGGUUUUGGGAGUAGAGAAAAUUUAUACGGUUGUUUUAUUUGACAGAAAAAUUUACCACAGUGUAGGACAGCAAGUGCAUAGCAUACACGUAUGUGCAUUCUGUCCAAGUGGACUGCUAGAACUAGAUUUUGAAAAUAAGAGUCUUGUGUUACUUAAAAUGA